AUGGCAGCUCCAGCAUCUGCCUACAAGGACAGGCAAUUCCUCGCAGUCAUUGGAGAUGAGGACUCCGUAACUGGACUGUUGUUGGCAGGAAUUGGUCAUGUCACGCCAGCGCCAGAUUCGCAAAAGAACUUUCUAGUAGUCGACAGUAAAACGGAGGCUUCAGCUAUCGAGGAGGCGUUUGUUCGAUUUACAGAGGAGCGGAAAGACAUUGGCAUCCUUCUAAUCAACCAACAUAUUGCUGAGAAGAUACGUCACCGAGUCGAUUCGUAUACUGCCGCCUUCCCUGCCCUUCUUGAGAUACCUAGCAAGGACCACCCAUAUGAUCCUGAGAAAGAUAGUGUAUUAAGACGAGUCCGGAGACUCUUUGGGGAGUAG